AUGGCGGCCUCAUGGCAAGGUCGCCGGCAUGGAGGGUGCCUCCUCUUGUUGGCCUCCACCCUCCUGGUCUUGGCGCACAGACAGCUGGAUUUCCUCUCCGUCUCCAGGCCGCAGCUGUCACCCCGCUCGGCGCCUGUCAACGGCAGAUUCGUGUCAGGGGGUGCCACGGAAGCCCGAGAGCCGAUGGUGGCUCGAGGUGACGGAGAGGUGGUGGAGAAUCCUAUUGCGAUCCCAACGCUGCUCGCGAUUGUAGGAGGCCUGGCAGUGGGCGUUGCUUUGGCCAGGGCUAUCGAAGUUGCUGGAACCGCUUCCCAGGAGCGAGGCAACGUUAGCGAGGGCCUGAAGGCACAGCUGUCUGCGGAUGCAGGUAUGGAGGAUGUCGAGGAUGAUGACUCCGGCGGGCGCUCUGAGCUCCUCGAGAGCAUGAAGAAGGCGCAAGGCAUCAGCGAGGAAGAGGUCACGAAGCUGAAGAAGGCGAAGGUUGAUGAUGACGAUGGCUGGUUUCACGACAGCAGUACAGAGUGGUCCAGAAGAGAUGGCCUUUGCCUCGAAGCUCCGUGGAUGCUCCAGGAGAAGCUGCAGAAGGCCAGAGAGCUUCUAGAGAUUGCGUUCCGUCAGCCCAGCGUGGUGGAUAUCACUGGUGUCAAUUCCAUCAUCUCGGCUCUCGGGCACCUCGAAGAGAUUGGCCAGCGCACGACUCGCAUUAUGCAAGCAGGAUAUGUCAGGUCGCUCUACGAUUCCGCAGGCGAGCUGAUCUACGAGCUGUCAGACAGUGAUCAGUUGGCGGUCCAGGAGUACACCUUGAAGUACAUCUUCGUGCUUGGGGACCUCCUCCCGCUCGUGCUUAUGCAGCCCGAGGAGAUCGCGGACGUUUUCGCGCAGGAAAGGGGUCACCCCCUGCUGCGGCGCCGGCGGAUCCUCUCUACGCUGCGCGUUUCCUGGUGGAAUAUGCUUGUGAAUAACAGCACCUGGGCUGUGCCAUUCUUUGGGGGCCUGGCUGCUGUCGAGAGGGCGUUGCAUGCGGCGCUGCCAGACUACUCCGAGCCCUAUCGGGAUGAACUUCUACAUCAGGCCGCCCAAUCAAAGAGGUCUCAGAAAGUCUUCGGAUCCAGUUUUCGAGUGCAGGGGGAGCCUGUGCUCAGCUUCGCGCUGUCCCGGGAGGAAACAUACCGCAAGGCAUGUUCCUGGCUGGUGGCUGCCGACAGCAAGUCCGCCAUCGAGGUGGCAGAGCGACACUUCCGAACUUUCUACGAGGACUCUUUGAACCGGGUGUUCCAGGCCGCUGCUAGAUGGCCUGUAUUUGCCAUGCUUCACCGCCUUGCGCUGCGGCCCCGGCUAGAGAACGAUGACCAGCUGCUGACAGAGCCAGCGGAGGAGAUGAGCGACGAGAACGGGACUCUGAGCCCACCCAGGAACGAAGCAGCGGGGGACCAAAGGAUGCCCCCCGCCAAAGCGCUGGAGUUCUAUCGGGUGUACCACGUUUUAACUCGACUCUUCGAUGAGAUGGAUGUCCAAUGGUGGGUCAGCCAUGGCACACUGAUUGGAGCAUUGCGCGACGGCGGUCUCAGCCGGCAUGCCGAUGAUUUGGAGGUCGAUGUGCCGGAGAUUGAUGUGGAGAAGAUUCAGGGCUCCCAAAUGCGAGCAGCGCUCGGCCGAAAUGGCCUUGAGCUGAGCUACGAUCCGCGAGGCAGAUGCUUCAAAGUCUGGCCUACCGGAUCUGAGAAGGCAUCGGAGCAUGACGAGGUCCAGCUGAUGGAUCAGACCUGGUGGCUUCCACAACAGCGUGUCGGUACGCCUGCACUCGAUAUCUACGUAGUGCAGACGCCAAGCGAUAGUGGUGGUGAGCGGUACUACAUCUCCAACGACCAGUUCCACUGCAACGUGCGUGUUUGCAAGCGGUAUUGGCUCAACACCGAGCUGACUGCGUUCUAUGAAGUACCUUUUGGCCAAAGUCGCGCGAAGGUACCGAUCGGAUCCGCGGACUACCUGAGUCGUGCCUACGGCGACGACUGGAACAUUACCGUGCGGCCCCACCGCUGGGAAGCGAGACACGGCAAUGGCUUUGAGCCCACCGACGUUAGCCGCCUGAGGCGACGAGCAGCCGAACCCUUCGGCCCGCUGCAAGAGCCGGUUUGGCCGCUGUAA